CUCCUGUCUCUCAUAGGAGUGUUGUGAAUAGCUCCUGAAAUAGAGCCCACUGGGGCGUAGAGGAAAAUGUGAAAGACAGUGUAAACGGAGGGAGGGGGGGAUGUGUGCGUGCAAUGCGAUACGGUGUCAGUGUGAAUCAAAUGUGUUCGCAUGGAAAGAUAUGGAGUGAGGGAAAAGAGCAAGAAUGAAUGCCGUGAAGGAGACAAGGGAAGGAGAGAGAGAGCGAGAAAGGGGGAGAGCGAGCCGGUAGGGGGUGGGGUGCGAACCGUGCUCAAGCUCAGAGCCUCAAUCUGCCAGAAGAGGAAAUCUGGUGAAGGUUCACUAUUAUCUUUUCUGCCACACGAAUAGCUUCUACAAAAAGGAUUCAUCUUUUAAAUGCUCACUUAUUUUUCACUCAUACUUUGUGGAUUUUGGACCUUGGACCACAGUGAAGUCCAAAAAAUCCUAAUACCUCUCUCUAAACUUCUGUCAGACGACCUGAACUUUGUUUUCUGGACAUCAACCAGAUUUAAAAUUAAUUCACAGUUCUGAUCAUCUGAUCAAGUCAUCAUCUGUGUGGAAUAUUACUCACCUUUGACAUGGGAUUUGGGACCAAGGAACUACUAAUUCUUGGCUUAAUGUAUAUGCUGGGAAAAUGUUUCUCUGUGUGUGAGAGGGGCUUCAGAUCGGAAAGGCGUAAUUGUUUUGAUAUAGAUGAGUGCAAAGAACUCCCAGAGCCAUGUGGGAAACACGCAGAGUGCUUCAACACGAAUGGCAGCUUCUACUGUCAGUGCAAGUCUGGGUUCAGAAACUUUAAAGGGGAAGUUAACUUCACAGGGCUAAGUGGACAGUGCCUUGAUUACAACGAGUGUCUUGAAAAUGUCACAGUCUGUGGUAGCAAUGCUAAUUGUUCUAACCUGAUUGGGAGCUUCUAUUGCACCUGCCGUUUUGGGUACACCAACGCCAGCAGUAGCCAUGGAGACUGCAUAGACAUAAAUGAGUGCAGCGAAGCUGAUAUUAACAACGAGGACAUCUGUGGAAAGAAUGGCGUUUGUAAUAACGUUAACGGGAGUUUCUGGUGCCAGUGUGGAAAAGGACACACCAAUUACGGCAACGAAAGGACGCCAUGUUCAGAGCUUCAUUGUGACAGCUUCAAUACGGAUAAGGGGCCUGCACAGUUACUCGGAGGCUUGGCGGACAUUUUAAAAAUGAUGAGAAACAGCUGUCUGACUCUGUCUAACCCAAGUACCGCUGGUGUCGAGAAGGCUGAUGUGCUGCUGGAGAAACUUUUCACAGUGACCGAGGCCAUCCUGUCCCCUGGUACCCUGGACAGCAGUGAACAUGUGAGCGCGUUGCUCGGUACAGUGGAAAACUCCAUUAUGUUCAUUGGUCCUCAGCUCAAAAAAGAACUAACCAAGAAAGAGACCACUAAAACAGAUGCAGUGAUUGCUGUUCAAAGGGGAAAGACUCGACCCACUGGGCCAAUCCAUUUGACCAAUCAGGACGCAAGUCUAGACACUGACUGGGAAACAGCAACUGGGACGGGAACAUACCCUGGUUUUGCUCUGGCUGCGUUGUUGAGCUACAAGAACCUUACGAUCACAGCUGACAGGUCUUUUGAACAGAUCAAAGGUCAUGAAAUAGAUGGCGUGACUCCCUCCUUCAAGAUCGUCUCUAAAGUUGUGUCUGUGGUGGUCUCUAACCCCUCCACUCAAAAUCUGACCCGCUCUGUCAACAUCACACUCAAACAUGAACAGGACACAAGGGAGUACCCUCAGGUAUCCUACAUCUGUGCAUACUGGAAAGAGACAGGGGUCUGGUCCACAGAUGGUUGCGAUCAGCAUCAAUCCGAAGCCUUAUACACUGUGUGUAAAUGUAAUCAUCUGAGCAGCUUCGCCGUGCUCAUGGCCCUGUACGACAUAGAACCCACCUUUGGGCUCCAGAUGGUGACCAAGAUAGGGCUGGCCAUCUCCAUACUGUGUCUGAUACUGUGCAUCCUGACAUUCAAGUUCUGCCGCUCCAUACAAGGGACCCGCACCACCAUCCACCUGAACCUCUGUGUCUGCCUCUUCAUGGCUGACCUCAUCUUCCUGGCUGGCAUUUCGCGUACUACACCUGUGGGCGGCUGCAGGCUUGUUGCAGCGAUGCUCCAUUACUUCUUCUUGGGAGUUUUCACGUGGAUGCUGUUGGAAGGCGUGCAGCUGUACCGUAUGGUUGUCCUGGUUUUCAAUGCCUCCAUUCGGCCCCUCUACCUAUUUGUGGCCGGCUAUGGGACGCCCCUUGUCUUCGUCAUUAUAUCUGCCAUCAUUAAACCAAAGGGAUACGGCACUAAAAACCACUGCUGGCUUUCCUUGGAAGACGGCUUCAUCUGGAGUUUCUUCGGCCCUGUGUGCCUCGUCAUCUUCAUCAAUGUCUUCUUCUUCAUCAUCACCGUUUGGAAGCUCGCUCAGAAGUUCACCAGCCUCAACCCCGACCUUUGCAAUCUACAGAAAAUUAAAGCUUUCACUGUGACAGCAGUAGCCCAGAUGUGUAUACUGGGUCUGAUGUGGGUGUUUGGGGCCUUCCUGUUUCAAAAGGAAGGUACCACAGUGGUGGCAUAUAUCUUCACUAUUCUCAACAGCCUGCAGGGGACGCUGGUGUUCAUCAUGCACUGCCUGCUGUCUAAACAGGUGAGAGAUGAAUACGCCUAUUUCCUCUCCUGCAUCUGCACACCACAGAAAUACUCAGACCUCAGCAGUACCAAUCCCUCCAGCAGUCAGUCCCAAGGUUCUCAGAGUGGGCAGCACACCAAAGAAUCCCAAACAUGAAGAGAUCUGUCUUUUAUUCCUCCCCAAAGACAAGAGUAAUACACCUUUGGCCCGACUGGGCUAAAUUAGCCCUGAUUUGAGAGGUUUGGAUCAUUUAAAAAAAAAAUUCAGUCGUGACUUAUUCGCCUCAAUGUCAGUUUAAACUCAGUUUUGUUGUACAAGUAAACUAGUGGUUUUCCCGACCUGAGGGACUGCAACAAAAUUGACAUCUUAGGAAAAAAGAAGAAAAACAUAUUUCCUAUACAUCAAAUCAUGUUCAUUUUUUCUGUGUUUUCUUGCAUCUUGCCUUUUUGUGAAAUACAGACCCUAUUGAAGUUAAUGGGACCAAUUUCUACCACUUAAAACCCACUGUUCUAAAUCCAACAAACAGUACAAGCAUCCUCAUCUAAGUGUAACCAUGCACUUGCAUGGUGCAUCACAAAGUCCAGCAUUUAUACCUCAUUAUUUUGCCUAUUUUUCCCACUCAUAAUAUUGUGCAGCGCUUUGGUGUUAGAUCAAGUUAUAUUGAUAAUGACAGAAAUUUUUUUUUUGGUGUCGUUUAAUGUUAUAAAUGUUAUUGUCACAGCUGGCAAAAAGAAUUUCUAGUGUUUAUUCAGGAGCUCAAUAAGUGAACGUGAAAAUAUUUUAGUGGCUUAUCAGUUCAACCAGAACAUAUCACAGUCCUAAUAUAAGCUGUAUUCCCUUUGGAGUGACUAAAAGUGAUACUGAUAUAGACUAUUUAUUUUUCAAGUUCAAACCAUAAAGUCUACAUAAUGCAGGCUACAAAAACAUAUGAGUGAUGCCCUUGAUGUUUAAAGCCUGAGCAAACAGUAUGUGAAGUAUUUUAUAUGAAUGUUUAAAGUCGAAAUAAGCGUGGGUGUGCUUUUUGUUCAUGGGAGAUUCACAGAAAGUAUUUUUUUAAUUUGUUUCCAUGCACUGUAUUUAACAAUAUGUCAUUAUGGUAAGAAACAACUGGCUGAUGAUGUAUAUUACCUAUGAAGUGCCUCUGAUGGUCCCUCAUGUUCCUCCUGUGAUUCCCAUGUGGGCUUCCGCAAGGAAUUUACCUCUGUUGUUUCUUGAUUUUAAACAAAAUAAGUGAUUUUUUUUUUUCAAGCACUUGUGGCUACUUUUUUUAGAAUUUAUCUUGGUUUGCAACUGAGCUGUACAUUUUUUUCCAUUGGUGUAUGCAAAGUUUUUUAUUCUUGAAAUUCCAAACCGAGUAAACAAAUCUGGUACAAGAUGAAUGCUGGGACAAUUCAAAAAAACAGACCCGCCCUUCUGAUAAGCCUGCAGCUUCCUGCAAUCAAACUGUGCAUUUGCUUAUUUUGUUCUUAUUAUAGCCUGUGCCUCAGCACAUUGUCAGUGACUGUAAGGUAUUACAUUCCUGAAAUGAGAACUUCAACCAUUUUGAUGAGGUCUAAUGGGAAUUGUAAAGACCUGAGUUUGUUUAUUUUACUGCACUUUUCCUUAGUCAAAAAGAUAGUCCAGCAAAUCUUCACUUGCAUGGCACUUGAACUAAUCAAGAAGACUUGAGAACCAGUCCCACUUACAGAACCAAAACCGUUUACUUGUUGUAAUAAAGCUUUCAAUUUUAUAUUUUUCAAUUCCCCAUUUUUUAUAGAAAUUGAUCAGGUCAUGUAAAAGACAUUGAUCUUCAGAGAACAAAAAAGAGACGUUUUGUAUUUCAAAUCCGUCUUUUUUUGUGAUACGAUUUCUUGUGUUAUGACCCUGAUUAACGGCAAGUAUAUGUUGCUUUUAACUAAGCUGUUCUUUGGUUCUUAAGUAUGGCUGCACUUCUCUGUGAUCAUCGAUACCGUUUAUUCAUGCAUUGACAAAUGUAUUUUUAUGUGAAAAAGCUACAAGCAAUAUGCAGCAUUUUGUGAACGUAAGAUUCUGAUUGUUAGAGUAUAUUUUAUGUGUUCUAGUUUGAAGGUAGGCUAUAUGAACCUAUUUUUCUACUUUGUUUCAUUGUAAGUUGUUAGGUACUGUUUUCUUUAAAGACAAUGCACCACAAAUUCUAUUAAAGCUUCUACUUCAUCUGAAAAUCUGUGGGUGGUUUAUUAGCAUUAGCAGCCAGCAGAGAGAUGCAGACACAGGCGGAUAGAUAGAUCAAUAGAUAGAUAGACCUAUUUACUUAGCUAGGAUUUAGCAUUAGCUACUAAGAUAUUGGUCCAGACCAAGUAAUGUAGGAGCAGCGUGGUGUAAUAAAUGAGUAGGGUGUGUUUUAUUGCCUUUUAAUUCAGCUUUUCAUUUGUAAGGGAAAUAUUGUGCCCAAGCUUCAUUCAGAAGUUCUUUUUCUUUCAUUUCAAAUUUGAAGUAGGCUACUUUUUGUAUUUACAUUUUAUGAUACACUUCUACAGUUCAAAUGGAAAUAUUGAACUUUUUUUUGUACUCUACUUCAUUUAUUUGUAUGUUAAUGUUACUAAUUAUACAGUUUUUUUUUCAACAUUCAAAACCAGUAUAAAACAUGCAUGAACUGCUAACUGCACAACCACUUCUAAAUAGGUGAAUAGAUGAAAUAGUUAAAUUUAGCUUCACCCUGACUGCAACUUUAAAAUUCUGCUUGAAUGUUAAAU